AUGGCCCAAAUCAAAGGACUCGACGCCCACGAUCGCCCUCCAGAGGCCAUUCGACAAUGCUACAAGAAGUACUCCAAGCUCCCCUUGUCCGAAGUCGACAAUGACUUGGGCAUUCUGGAUCUGCAGAAAGUAGAUCCCGAGAACUUGCCCACAAGCCUCACGGUCUCACAAUACAAGUCGAGUCAGGACCUUCGAGUUGCAUUUGACGAUUUCGUUCGAGGAGCGCAUCCACCCCAGGUCGAGGAAGCUCCUUUGGUCGAGAAUAUUCCGGUUUACACCCACAAUGACAUUUCCGGUCUUCUGAUGAUCCCUGCUCUGUUCCCACCCACUAUCCAAACCGAGUUGCUGUCCCGCCUAUUCCACCGAGACCUGCCCAAUCCCGAACACAAGACCAAUCUGCAUUUGCAUUAUGAGGUCACCUACCCGGAAGGAUCGAACACCGACGAGACCAGGACGUCGUUUUUUGCAGAUGACACAAUGCGCGAGCUACAACCCAAAGAACCGCAGAUUCACAAACCCUUGACUAUCCAGAGUGUACUGGACAAGAAACUCCGCUGGGUCACCUUGGGAGGCCAAUACGAUUGGACUGCCAAGGUCUACCCAGAAGAAGCUCCGCCGCCUUUCCCACAAGAUAUUUCGAAGCUACUGCGGGCUGCAUUUCCCGAAACUGAGGCCCAGGCAGCGAUCUUGAAUUUAUAUUCUGCGGGGGACACUUUGAGCGCCCAUCGAGACGUGAGUGAGGAUUGCGAUGUCGGAUUGAUCAGUGUGAGCUUCGGGUGUGAUGGACUGUUCCUCAUAAGCCAUGAUAACGGGAAUGGCUGCGAGAUCAUUCGCCUUCGAUCAGGAGAUGCUGUUUACAUGAAUGGUACCUCUCGUUUUGCCUGGCAUGGCGUUCCCAAGAUCCUGCCGUCCACUUGUCCUGCUUGGCUAGCAAAUUGGCCAUCUCUCGAAGAGGAUAUCCCAGGCUCUCCGCCAGGUCCUUAUUCGAUGUGGAGAGGCUGGAUGUCCGGCAAGCGAAUCAAUUUGAACGUGCGGCAAAUGACCGCUCACCCAAAUUCAUGA